CUUGGCUAUAAAGUGGUCUAUGUGAAGCCCAUACUUCUUUUACCGCCAUCACUAAUUCGAAUCGAAACAAUUUUCCGGCUUUCCGACUCUCCGAAGUUCCGAACUUUCCUUCAUCCGCAGAGAGAGAAAGAGAACUUUCCCGCGUAUUCCGCCAUUAUCAAGCCCCAGAAUCCUCCAUUUCAUCCUUCACACACGAGAAGCUAGCUUCUCUCUCCUCCUCCAUUUCUCUUGCGUAGGAUUCGUGCUUGGGAGCAGAAUCUGAGAAUCGCCUUCUCCGCUAGGGUAUCCAUUGCGUUAUUUUCCGAGCUUUCCUUUGGAGUUGAUAGAGAUUGAAAUUGAUAUUAGUUGGAGAGUUUGAGCGAGAUGCUCGGAAUUGGUUGAUUUUUCAGAAACCUUUUGAGUUCCAGGUCUGAUAUGCUCCAGAUAUGCCAUGGGAGUAUUGAUUUUCUAUGACGGCUGAGAUGAGAUGCAAUGCGUGCUGGCGAGAACUGGAAGGCCGAGCCAUCACCACAACCUGUGGUCAUGUUCUAUGCACAGAAGAUGCCAGCAGGAUUCUUAGCAGUGAUGGAGCUUGUCCUAUUUGCGAUCAAGUGCUCUCUAAGAGUCAUAUGAAACCCGUGGAUACCACUCCAAAUGAUGAAUGGAUAAACAUGGUUAUGGCUGGAGUAUCACCUCAGAUAUUGAUGAAGGCCUCAUACAGAAGCGUAAUGUUCUAUGUUGGACAGAAGGAAUUGGAAAUGCAGUACAAGAUGAACAGAAUAGUAGCUCAAUGCCGGCAGAAAUGUGAAGCAAUGCAGGAGAAGUUCACAGAAAAACUGGAGCAGGUACAUACUGCAUACCAGAAAAUGGCUAAACGGUGCCAAAUGAUGGAACAAGAAAUCGAAAGCUUAUCCAAAGACAAGCAGGAGCUCCAGGAAAAAUAUGCAGAAAAAUCCAGGCAGAAGAGGAAAUUAGAUGAAAUGUAUGAUCAGGUGAGAAGUGAGUACGAGGCAAUGAAAAGAUCUGCCAUCCAACCAGCAAGCAACUUUUAUUCGAGAAAUGAGCCUGAUUUAUAUUCCAACCCAGCUACUGUUGUUAAUAACAGAGAAGCUAUCAGAAAAGAUUGGCUGGUUUUUACUCCGAACACUCCAGGGCCCAGAGACGAUAUUUGGACAGUGCGACAGAAUAGUUCAAAUUCCGUUGGUACCUAUGACAUUGGCUCACCAGCAAAACAAGCUGCUAUUCCAGUUGAUGCUGGGAACAGAAGAGCUGGUGCUCAUUCUAUCUUUCGAACUGGAUCUGGAUCUGGAUCUGGCAACCCCUCAACGACUUUGAGGAACUUGAUACUCUCUCCUAUCAAGAGGCCUGUACUCUCACGUAACCACGCACAAUUGUUCACGUUGUAGGAUCAAGGUUGGGGACUUGCCAUCUGCUCGACUAUUACUCUGGUUUAAGAAUUUGUUUCCGAAAGUUUCUUUUGCCACAUCAACAACUGAUGAUCAACAACUAUAUCGAUCAUCUUUUUCUCCGAACAAAGGAAUUCUGUAGGUAUUGUAGAGAAACAUGAAUCACAGGUUCUCACAAAGUUUAUAGUGAAUGCUAAUUUUCUUUUGGUACUGUGAAUGCUAAUUUUCAUGUGUAAUGAUAUGUUCUUUAAGCUGAUUCACCUGGAUGCGAAAUUGCCAAAACCUC